AUGGCCUAUCACGGCUCGGGUGCGCAGUCACCCAUCAACUACGAUGAUGCCGGUCAUCGCCUUCAGGACAUUCCCUCCACCGACUAUGGUCACGAACACGAAGAAGAAGCGGCCCAUGGCUUGCUCACCAGCCAAGGUCCGUUCGAUGACGCCCACCAACGCAGCUUGUCUCCCGCGCGCCCUGCUUCAGGUUACAGUCUGACCGAAACCUACGCCCCCGAGGCCUCCUACCACGAUCCCUACAGUGCUGGCUCCGUCUAUUCGGGCCAAUCCGCGGACAAUCCCGCCGCUGCUUUUGGCGUGCCCGGUCGUGUGGCUUCCCCGUACGCUCGCAGCGAGACUUCCUCCACUGAGGCAUGGCGCCAACGACAGGCCCCCGGAGGCUCCGGCGGCGGCGGCGGUCUGAGACGUUAUGCGACCAGAAAGGUCAAGCUGGUCCAGGGUUCCGUCCUGAGUGUUGACUACCCCGCCCCCAGUGCUAUCCAAAAUGCCAUCCAGGCCAAGUACCGCAAUGACCUCGAAGGUGGCAGCGAGGAAUUCACCCACAUGCGAUACACCGCGGCCACCUGUGACCCCAACGAGUUCACCCUGCACAAUGGCUACAAUCUCCGUCCCGCCAUGUACAACCGUCACACCGAGUUGCUCAUCGCCAUCACCUACUACAACGAAGACAAGACCCUCACCGCCCGUACUCUCCACGGUGUCAUGCAGAACAUUCGUGAGAUUGUCAACAUUAAAAAGUCCGAGUUCUGGAACAAAGGUGGUCCUGCCUGGCAGAAGAUUGUCGUCUGCUUGGUCUUUGACGGUAUCGAUCCCUGCGACAAGGAUACGCUGGAUGUGCUGGCCACCGUUGGUAUCUACCAGGAUGGUGUCAUGAAGCGUGACGUCGAUGGAAAGCAGACCGAGGCGCAUAUCUUUGAAUACACGACUCAAUUGUCGGUGACUCCCAAUCAACAGCUGAUUCGGCCUACCGACGACGGCCCGAGUACCCUCCCGCCCGUGCAGAUGAUGUUCUGCUUGAAGCAGAAGAACAGCAAGAAGAUCAACUCGCACAGAUGGCUGUUCAACGCUUUUGGUCGCAUUUUGAACCCCGAGGUCGUCAUUCUGCUGGAUGCUGGUACCAAGCCCGGCCACAAGUCCCUCCUCGCCCUCUGGGAGGCCUUCUAUAACGACAAGGACCUGGGAGGUGCAUGUGGUGAAAUCCACGCCAUGUUGGGUAAGGGUUGGAAGAACUUGAUCAACCCCUUGGUCGCCGCCCAGAACUUUGAGUACAAGAUCAGUAACAUUCUUGACAAACCUCUCGAGAGUUCAUUCGGUUAUGUCAGUGUCUUGCCCGGUGCCUUCUCUGCCUACCGUUUCCGGGCCAUCAUGGGUCGUCCUCUGGAGCAAUAUUUCCACGGUGAUCACACUCUUUCCAAGCAGCUGGGUAAGAAGGGUAUCGAAGGCAUGAACAUUUUCAAGAAGAACAUGUUCUUGGCCGAAGACCGUAUUCUCUGUUUCGAAUUGGUCGCCAAGGCCGGUUCCAAGUGGCAUCUGUCGUACGUCAAGGCCUCCAAGGGUGAGACUGACGUGCCCGAGGGUGCUGCGGAAUUCAUCUCCCAGCGUCGUCGUUGGUUGAACGGUUCGUUCGCGGCCGGUAUCUAUUCACUCAUGCACUUCGGCCGGAUGUACAAGAGUGGGCAUAACAUCGUCCGCAUGUUCUUCUUGCACAUUCAAAUGUUGUAUAACAUGUUCAACACCUUUUUGACUUGGUUCUCUCUUGCAUCGUACUGGCUCACUACGACGGUCAUUAUGGACUUGGUCGGUACCCCGAGCGAUAGCAACGGCCAUAAGGGUUUCCCCUUUGGUGCCACCGCGACUCCCAUUGUCAACACAAUCGUCAAAUACGCCUACCUUGGUUUCCUGCUGUUGCAAUUCAUCCUCGCCCUGGGUAACCGUCCCAAGGGAUCCAAGUACUCUUACCUGGCUUCCUUCAUUGUCUUCGGUGUCAUCCAGAUCUACGUGGUUAUUGAUGCCUUGUAUCUGGUGAUUCAUGCCUUUAGUGGUCAGGAUGCGAUGGACUUCGAUACUUCGAACGGUUUGGGCGGGUUCCUGAAAUCGUUCUUCUCCUCGAGCGGUGCUGGUAUCAUCAUCAUCGCCCUUGCCGCCACCUUUGGUCUUUACUUUGUUGCGUCGUUCAUGUACCUGGACCCGUGGCACAUGUUCACUUCGUUCCCGGCCUACAUGGGUGUACAGUCCUCCUAUAUCAACAUUCUCAACGUGUAUGCCUUCAGCAACUGGCACGACGUCUCGUGGGGUACCAAGGGUUCCGACAAGGCCGAUGCCCUGCCGUCCGUCACGACCACCAAGGAUGGUGGUAAGGAUGCAGUGAUUGAGGAAAUCGAUAAGCCCCAGGCCGAUAUCGAUAGUCAGUUUGAAGCCACGGUGAAGCGCGCGCUGACUCCUUACGUUGCGCCGGUCGAGCACGAAGAGAAGAGCUUGGAUGACUCGUACAAGAGCUUCCGUACACGGCUGGUGACCUUUUGGAUUUUCAGUAACGCGCUCAUGGCGGUUUGCAUCACCAGUGACGGUGUUGACAAGUUUGGUUUUACGAACACUGCUACCGAUCGGACCCAACGUUUCUUCCAAGCCUUGCUGUGGUCGAACGCGGCUGUCGCCCUUGUCCGUUUCAUCGGAGCCUGCUGGUUCUUGGGUAAAACGGGUAUCAUGUGCUGUUUUGCCAGACGGUAG